CAUGUUCAAGCCGCCAGUCAGAACCAGAUGGCCACAGAAUCGCACACCGCCGGACGUGUAUUAAUAUGCGCUGCCCAGGGGUUUGGUCGACUGCAAGCAAAUGCCGCGAAGAGGAGGACGCGUGUAGUAGCCGUCGCAUACUCGCAUGUGAAGCAGGGGCCUUGCCCAAUUCUCAAGUAGCUGAAGGAGAAAGAAGAGGCCGGGUUGGGCGAUCGAGGCGGCCGGUCAGGGGAUGGGCACCGACUCGCCGUCGCCGUCGACGGCGCCGGUGGCCGGCCUCGGGGCCAAGGGCGCGGCGAGGGCGGUGGCGCAGCACCACCAGGCCGUGGUCGGGUUCCUCCUCGGCUUCUUCCUCGUCCUGCUGCUCUACACCACCGUUUCCUCCCAGUUCGGUUCGCAGAACGCCAUUGGUGUCCUACAGUCUACGUCGACGUCGCCGGCCGUGCGUACGGGUCAAAACGCCAUGACUCCAACGUCGCCAUCGCCGAAGCCGAACGACGUGAAAAAAGGAGAUCAUAUCAAGGAAGACAAUAAAGAGCAACAAAGCAAUACACCUAACAAGAUGGAGGAGGAUCGUACCCAACAUGGUAUCAAUGGAAUCGAAAAGGAAAAUCAAACUGAAGCCAAAUUGGAUGAUGAGAAAGUGAAAAAUCCAGAGGGAGGUCAAGCAGCAGUGAACGAUGCAAGAAGUGACAGGAUGGAGGAGGAAGAUCUUAUCCGGCAAGAAAUCGAUCAAGGCAGCAUGAUCAAGAAUGAUACCAACAUCGGACAAGUUACGCCACGCAAGCCAAUCUGCGACCUCUCCGAUCCCAGAUACGACAUCUGCGAGAUCUCCGGCGACGCUCGCGCCCUGGGAGCCAACCGCACCGUCCUCUACCUCCCGCCGGCCGGCGAGCGCGGCGCGGACAGCCAGGAGUGGAGCAUCCGGGACCAGUCACGCAAGUACCUCGAGUUCGUGGGCAACGUCACCGUCAGGUCGCUGAACGCCUCCCAGGCUGCGGCGGCGCCGGCGUGCACCUCCCGGCACGCCGUCCCGGCCGUGGUGUUCGCCAUGAACGGGCUCACGUCCAACCCCUGGCACGACUUCAGCGACGUGCUCAUCCCCCUCUUCCUCACCACGCGCGCGCUGGACGGCGAGGUCCAGUUCCUCGUCUCCGACCUCCAGCCGUGGUUCGUGGACAAGUACCGGCUCAUCCUCCGCAACCUCUCCCGCCACGACGUCGUCGACUUCAACCGGGACGGCGGCGUCCGGUGCUACCCGCGCGUCACCGUCGGCCUCCGCAGCCACCGCGACCUCGGCAUCGACCCCGCGCGCGCGCCGCGGAACUACACCUUGCUCGACUUCCAGCUCUACGUCCGCGAGAUCUACGGGCUGCCGCCGCCGGGCAUCGACGUCCCGUACAAGGAGCAGCAGCAGCGGACCAUGCCACGGCUGAUGCUGAUAAACCGUGGCCGGACGAGGAAGUUCGUCAACUUCCCGGAGAUCGUCGCGGCGGCGCGGGACGCCGGGUUCGAGGUGGUGCCCGUGGAGCCGCGCCGGGACCUCGGCGUGGAGGAGCUCGCCCGGGCGGUGGACUCGUGCGACGUGCUCAUGGGCGCGCACGGCGCCGGGCUGACCAACUUCUUCUUCCUCCGGAGCAACGCGGUGAUGCUGCAGGUGGUGCCGUGGGGGCACAUGGAGCACUCGUGCAUGGUGUUCUACGGCGGGCCGGCGAGGGAGAUGCGGCUGCGGGACGUCGAGUACAGCAUCGCCGCCGUGGAGAGCACGCUCUACGAUAAGUACGGCGAGGAUAGCCCGGUGAUCAGCGACCCGGAGUCGAUACACAGACAAGGGUGGCAGUUUGGGAUGAGGUAUUACUGGAUCGAGCAGGACAUCAGGCUCAACGUCACAAGGUUUGCUCCCACCCUGCACCAGGUGCUCCAGAUGCUCAAGGAAUAGCAAUAGGAGGGGGGAAUUAAAAGAAAUAUAUGGACAGUUAGAUUAUUAUUACAUUACAUCCAUGCUUAAUUAGAGGGGAGAUGUAUAGGAUGAAGCUUUUUACAUUUGUUGUGAUGAUCAUCAUUCGUCUUCUUUCUAGAUUAAUCUGAUGGCCACCAAAACCUCCCAAUAUGUGUGAACAGAUUACCAAAUAAAGAAGAUUGUUUCCCACC